AGGACCGCUUGGCUCCCAGUGGCGAUCUGUGUGUGGUUUCGGGCCCUAGAAACAUUUUGGAUUUGCUUUCAUUCCUCCUUCUGAAGACCCGAGGUCGGCCACCAGGUUUGGGAGAUUUGAAGCGCGGGGCUGAUUUUCCUCCCUGUUUUCCGGUUCUGCCCGCGGGAACCUUCGAGGAAGCGUGGAAGGAUGGGAAGGGCGUGCGCCUGCUGACCGGCCCCGUGUUGCCUCUGCGUGGCCGCGGUGUUCCGCCUUGGCUGCUGUAUGGAAUCGUACGCUUGUCACUUCAGGCCGAAGCUUUGUUUGUUAAUACAAGUGAAACGGAUGCGUUGAGAGGGGACAAAGAUUUUAAAAGGUCCUUCCCCUACCCAACUUCCCCAAAGGCCCUAAAGACUGCAGAUUUAUCUAGUUUGCCGACACGAGCUCUUGAAUGUUCAGCGGACAAGGGCUUAAAUAUAAGAGAGUGGGAACUCCUGAUAUUUUAAGGGAUUUGUGUGUAUUUCCAAAACUUCUGACCGCCAUCCAACACCUGCAGCGUGAGAUUCCUGAGCGUCUCGCCAUCCUGCGGCUCUAACAUGUUCCGUUCGUUAAGUCGGCUGUACAGGGGUUUAUCCAGACCCACUAGAAGGACCACACAGCUGAUCUGGGGUUCUUUCUCCCGAAGUCUGGUACUGAGUUCACAGAGGAGAAUUCCAGAACUCAGUAGUUUUGUUGCCCGGACCAACACGUGUGGAGAGUUGCGUUCUUCUCACUUAGGCCAAGAAGUCACUUUGUGUGGAUGGAUUCAGUACCGAAGGCAAAACAUCUUCCUGGUCCUAAGAGAUUUCCAUGGGCUUGUUCAAGUUAUUAUUCCUCAGGAUGAGUCGGCUGCUUCUGUGAAGAAGAUUUUAUGUGAAGCCCCCAUGGAAUCUGUGGUGCAAGUGUCUGGCACAGUAAUUUCUCGACCUCCAGGACAAGAGAAUCCAAAAAUGCCAACAGGUGAGAUUGAAAUCAAAGUUAAAACAGCUAAACUUCUGAAUUCCUGCAAGAAGCUGCCCUUUGAAAUUAAGGACUUUGUGAAGAAAACAGAGGCUCUUCGUUUGCGGUAUCGCUACUUAGAUUUGCGUGGUGUCCAAAUGCAGUACAACCUGCGACUGAGGUCCCAGAUGGUCAUGAAAAUGCGGGAAUAUCUCUGUAAUCUACAUGGGUUUGUGGAUAUAGAAACACCAACAUUAUUUAAAAGGACUCCAGGGGGUGCAAAAGAGUUUGUAAUACCAUCCAGGGAACCUGGAAAGUUUUAUUCUCUCCCUCAGAGUCCUCAGCAGUUUAAGCAGCUUCUGAUGGUUGGAGGUUUAGACAGAUAUUUUCAGGUUGCCCGAUGUUAUCGAGAUGAAGGAUCAAGACCAGACAGACAGCCCGAAUUUACUCAGAUUGACAUAGAGAUGUCCUUUGUAGAACAGACUGGCAUCCAGAGUCUAAUUGAGGGUUUGCUCCAGUAUUCAUGGCCCAGUGACAGAGAUCCUGUGGUGGUUCCUUUUCCUUCUAUGACUUUUGCUGAGGCGUUGGCCAGCUAUGGAACUGAUAAACCUGACACUCGCUUUGGGAUGAAGAUUGUAGAUAUCAGUGAUAUGUUCAGAAACACAGAGGUUGGAUUUCUUCAAGAUGCGCUUAGUAAACCCCAAGGAACCAUCAAAGCCAUAUGUAUCCCUGAAGGAGAAAAAUACUUAAAAAGGAAAGACAUUGAGUCCAUUAGAAAAUUUGCAGCUGACCAUUUUAAUCAGGAAGUCUUACCUAUAUUCUUGAAAACCAAUAACAACUGGAAUUCUCCAGUUGCUAAGUUCAUAAUGGAGGAGCAAGGCUUGGGACUAAUCAGACUGUUGGAGACCCAAGAGGAGGAUGUGGUCCUGCUAACUGCCGGAGAGCAUAAGAAAGCAUGCUCUUUGUUGGGAAAAUUACGACUGGAGUGUGCUGACCUUCUAGAAGCAAGAGGAGUGGUGCUUCGUGACCCAGCUCUGUUCUCUUUCCUUUGGGUUGUGGAUUUCCCCCUCUUCUUUCCCAAGGAGGAAAAUCCCGAAGAGCUGGAGACAGCCCAUCACCCAUUUACUGCUCCCCACCCCAGUGACAUCCACCAUCUUUACACUGAGCCCCAAAAGGUCCGUAGCCAACACUAUGACUUGGUUUUAAAUGGCAGUGAGAUAGGAGGUGGUUCUAUCCGAAUUCAUGAUGCAGAGCUACAGCAUUACAUCCUGGCAACAGUACUAAAGGAAGACGUGAAAUUGCUCUCCCAUCUGCUCCAGGCUUUAGAUUAUGGGGCGCCCCCUCAUGGAGGAAUUGCCAUAGGGUUAGACAGACUGAUGUGCCUUGUCACUGGAGCGCCAAGCAUCAGAGAUGUCAUAGCCUUCCCCAAAUCUUUCCAGGGGCAUGACCUUAUGAGCAAUGCCCCAGAUUCUAUCCCGCCUGAGGAACUGAAGCCCUAUCAUAUCCAGGUCUCCUGGCCAACAGACUCAGAAACAAAAAAGAGUUCAUUGAAUCAUCCAUGCCAUCCAGAAAGUUGAGCUUUUGAGUUUUGUCCUCUUUGCUUCCCCAAGGCUAAAAUCAGAUCUGGAGUUCAGCCACAGAUCUGACUUCAAGUUUUUAAAUGGAAGGAAUCCAGGCAACAUUCUUCACCUCAAUGAAGAAACACAAAAGGUAUCCAAUUUUAACGAGAGCAUGCAUUAUUAGGAUUAUUUUAUUUGGGACUUUUUUGAAGUUUCUUUUUACUUGGAGAGGUGUGAAACAUGGCUUUUUG